CAGUUGCCGGGCACACACUGUCUCUUUGAGAUUACGGAUUCAAAGCUUUCCGCUCCUUGGAUUCUUUAUCUCUCUAGUUUAUCAACAGAAUUCAACUUCUCUCUCUAUUUUCCCGAGAAAAUUCAGCCUUUUUCUCUAAUUUACCAAGACUAACGAGUUUACUUCUUUUCUCUAUUUCUCUCUUAUUCUUUGCAAGAAGAUCCCCUUUCUUUACCAGGAAUACCUUCUUGCCAAGGGAUCCACUCUAUAUUCUUCAUUCUAAGAAAACCCAGAUUUCUUUCUAUUAUUCUUUUGAAGAAAGCUUUUUUUUUUUUUUUAAAUCCAUGGCAUCAAGCUAAUAAUCCCCCCCCCCCUGAAUUCAAUCAAAACCUACCUUUUGUUCGUUGAUAUUCUUUAUUGAAAAGCUUCUUCUUCUUCAAAAAUAAAAAUCAAUGGCUUCAAGGGAAGUAUCUACUAUGAUAAAACAAGGCUUUAUUUCGGACCCAACACUGUCUUUAUCUUCCUCUCCAUCAAGAACAACUUCUACAACCACCACCUCAAAACUCUAUUCUCCUUCCUCUUCUCCUCCUCCUCCUCCUCAAACUGAGUCAACUCGCCCUAUUCCCAAUCAAACCCUCUUUGAAAUGAUGUCGGAGGAACACCUCCGUGACUCCAAAGCCAUUGAAGAGUCUCGCAAAAAGACGCAAACCCGAAUUGCUAAAUUCCUCGAUGAACUCAAAACCCGUAGCUCCAACGACUGGGGGCUUAGAUCAGGUGAUGUAAGGCUCACCGUAGUCUCUAGGGAUGGGCAUAGAGUGUCAAUGGAUGUGCACAAAAGAGUUUUAUCUGAGAAAAGUAGGUUCUUUGCUGAGAAGUUGAGUCAAAGGAAAGAGAAAGGAGUUUCUCACACUGUGGAAAUCAGUGAAUGUGAUGACGUGGAGGUUUAUGUGGAAACUGUGGUUUUGAUGUACUCUGAUGAUUUGAAGAAGAGGUUGAUUGGUGAAAAUGUUAACAAGGUCUUGGCUUUGCUUCAGGUUUCUGCGGCCAUUAUGUUUGAUGCUGGAAUUAGUUCGUGCUUGGAAUAUCUGGAAGCUGUCCCGUGGUCCGAGGAUGAAGAGGAGAAAGUCCUAUCUCUUCUCUGCCAACUUGAGCUUCAUGGCUCGAUGACUGAAGUUCUUCAGAGAGUAUUAUCCGAACCGUCUACUUCUGUGAGAACAGAUGACAUCUUCUUGAAGCUACUUAGUGGUGUUCUUCAAGCAAAAGAUGAUAAAGCGCGUCGAGAAAUGAAAACUCUUAUUUCACGGUUACUCAGAGAAGAUUCGUUUGAUUAUAACAGCCGGCUUGAUGUCUCCAAAGAUACCCUUUAUCAUCUUUGUCAUAGAUGUCUUUGUUCUCUCGUGCUUUGCUUAUCUGAAGCUAUGUGCAUGGACAGCAGCAGGCAAGAACGAGGAGUUUUAAUGGCUGAAAUAGCUCGAGAAGCUAACAAUUUGCAGUGGCUAGUUGAUAUUCUAAUCGAUAAAAGGAUGGCAAAUGACUUCGUGAAAUUGUGGGCAGAUCAAAAGGAACUUGCAGAACUCCAUUCCAGGAUUCCCACCAUGUACCGACAUGAAAUCAGCAGGAUCACUGCUCAACUAUGCAUCGCAAUUGGUAGAGGAAACAUCUUGGUGCCCAAAGACAGCCGAUUCUCUCUGCUGUCAACAUGGUUGGACGCUCUUUACGAAGAUUUUAGAUGGAUGAGAAGGGCUUCUAGAUCUGUAGAUAAAAAACUAAUUGAAGAAGGACUCAGUCAGACAAUUCUUACGCUUUCGUUGCGGCAACAACAGGUUAUUCUGCUCAACUGGUUCCAUCGGUUUCUGAAUAAAGGGGAUGACUAUCCCAAUAUCCAGAGAGCAUUUGAAGUUUGGUGGAGAAGAGCCUUCAUUAGACAGUACGCUGACGUGCCUGAUAGUUCCAACAUGCAAAUAACCAUCUGCAAUUAUCCAACCUGAAAGUUAUGUCAUUGCCAUACAAGAGUUAUAGUCGAAUGUAUACAUAUAUGGAUGACAUUCUUUUGUUGUUUUUUCUCAGCUUAUAUCCAUAUUAUUUUCCCUCA